AUGGCGACUUUAGCUCCUGAGGCUGGAGUGCAACAGGUGUUACCUUCGUUCUCUGCUGCUCCCGAGAGAAGCGACGAGACUACGCCAUUGCUUGCAAGUGAGUCGCAGACGGGCCUAGCCAAGCCCCCGUCCAACGGCGGGACCAAUGGCGUUAUCGGCGGUGCCAACGGCGACAGCAACAACAACGGCGGCGACGACGAGGCCGAGGUUACCGUGCUGGCGCACGAGAUAUCAACGACGCGGCUGGCCAUCACCCUCGGCGCGGCGUACGUGGGCGUCUUCCUCGGCGCCGUCGACGCCAGCAUCAUCGCCACCCUCUCGGCGCCCAUCUCGAGCGAGUUCCACUCGCUCAGCCUGCUGUCGUGGCUCGCCUCGGCCUACCUGAUCGCCAACGCCAGCUGCCAGCCGCUGUCGGGGCGCCUGACCGACAUCUUUGGCCGCGGCCCGGGGCUCGUCUUCAGCAACGUCAUGUUCGCCGCCGGCAACCUCAUCUGCGGCCUCUCCCAGAACCAGGAGACCAUCAUCUUUGGCCGCGUCGUCGCCGGUAUUGGCGGCGGCGGCCUGAUGAGCAUCAGCUCCUUCUUGGCUUCCGACCUAGUGCCCCUGAGGAAGCGCGGCGUCAUCCAGGGCAUUGGGAAUAUUGCUUAUGGAUCCGGCGCCAUGAUCGGCGGCGUGCUUGGCGGACUCCUCAACGACCUGUCGUCGUGGGGAUGGAGACUAGCCUUUCUAUCCCAGGUGCCGAUAAUACUCGUUUCGGCCGUCAUUGUCUUUUUCUUGGUCGACGUGCCCCCAAAGAUCUCGAACAAGUCGCUGCUUGCGCGCAUCGACUUCACCGGCUCAUUUUUGACCGUGGCAUUCUUGGUGCUGCUCCUCCUCGGCCUCAACGCCGGUGGUAACCUGGUGCCCUGGACGGAUCCGCUCGUCCUCAUCUCUAUCCCGCUGUCUCUUGUCAUGCUAGUCACAUUCGUGUGGUGGGAGAGUCGUGCUAGGCAGCCAAUCAUUCCGGUGCGAUUGCUCCUGCACCGCACCAUCUUGGCCGCCUGCAUCACCAGCCUUUUGUGCACCAUGGUCACUAUGGUGACCAUGUUCUACCUACCCCUAUAUUUGCAGGUCUUAGGCUACUCGGCCACCCAGGCCGGCCUCCGCCUGCUGGCCGCCCCACUCGGCGUCGCCUUCGCCUCGAUCGGGUGCGGCUACGUCAUGAAGCGCACUGGCCAGUACGUCGGGCUCGGCAUCGGCACUCUCUGUGUUUUCACCGCCGGGGUCGCUACUUUGACGGCCUUGAAUGAGAGCUCAGCCGGCUGGAUCACCUUUGUCACGCUGGGUCUCCAGGGCGCCGGCUACGGUGGUAUGCUCACCGUCACACUGCUCGCGUGCAUCGCCGCGGUCGACCAUGACCACCAGGCCGUCAUCACGUCGGCCACGUAUGCGUUCCGCUCCGUUGGCGCCACUGUCGGCAUCACCAUCGCCUCAGCCGUUUACCAGAACAUCCUCAAGACGCAGCUCUGGGACCGUUUCGGUCAUCUGCCUGGUGCUGCCGAGGAGAUUGCGCGCAUCCGCGACGAUCUCGGCGAGCUGUCCAGGCUCCCAGAGGGUUGGCAUGACGGCGUCAUGGCGUCUUUCAUGGCCGCAUUUCGCGGCGUGUGGCUGACGGCGCUGGCUAUUUCCGUCGUGGCGCUUUUCAGCAUGUCGUUGAUGAGGCAGCACAAGCUGCACUCGAACUUGGCUCGCCAGGAGGACUGA